AUGGAUCACGCUACUAAUCACGUAGACGGAUCGUCGUCAUUGGGUCUCAUUGUGACUGCUAAGCAAACAUACUAUCCAAUUGAAUUGUCCAAUGCAGAGCUCUUGGCCCAUUACGAAACAGUUCAGGAUUACCACCAAGAGAUAUCGAUGAAUUGCAUCACGCAAUCGUGUAGGCUAAAACCCGAUGCAAAGCUCAUCGACCAACAGCCUGAGUUGGAUCCAAGAAAGACCAGACACUAUGUGGUCAACUUUUUCUUCGAGCUCGCGUUGAAGACAAGAGUCACGAACGGAAUAUUCUACCAGUCGGUAAGGCUUUACGACCGCUACUGUUCGAAACGUAUCGUGUUGAGAGAGCAAGUGAAACUUGUCGUCGCAACCUGUCUAUGGCUUGCUGCCAAAACUUGGGGUGGCUGCAACCACAUAAUCAACAACGUCAGUGUUCCAACAGGCGGUAGAUUCUAUGGGCCAAACCCUAGAGCAAGGAUACCUAGAUUAUCCGAGCUGAUCCAUCUUUGUAAUGACUCGCAGACCUUCGACGAAUCCAUGUUCACCCAAAUGGAAAGACACAUUCUAAACACGUUAGGGUGGGAAAUUUACGAACCAAUGAUCAACGACUAUAUAUUAAAUGCUGAUGAGAACUGCUCCAUUCAGUACGAACUCUAUAAGAGACAAUUAGAACACAACCGCAAAUGGUUGAACAACAAAGACAAGGACUCAUCGGCUAAUAAGGAGUCGGAUUCCACAGAUGAAGAACAGGAACUCGGAUGCGAAGCAGACGAAGAAGAUGACGACUUGACUCAAAAGAUCCAAUUAAUCAACGUGAAGAAAUUCUUGAUCGAUCUAACAAGUUGGCAAUACGUCUUGCUCAAGUUUGAACAAUUCGAAAUCACUCACGGAAUGUUCCAAUUGAUCAAUAAAUUUACUAAUCAAGAGCUGGGCCCUCUUCUGCAGACUCCAAUCCCAGCUGCUGCUACAAGUGAUAAGAUUGUCGAUAUUUAUAUCGACGCCAUACUAGAUUGUCCCGAGCAACUUUGGGAACACUAUAAAGAAUUUGACGGUGUAGCUCAAUUCAUUGGAGCCAUUAAGGAUUAUCAAAGACAAUUGGAGUAUUUGUCUCAACAGAAACAAAUGCAAUACUCCACACCAACGAGAAUAUACCAAGUUCCUUCUGCUCAGCAGAACUUCCCUUCCCCACCAUAUUCUCAACAAAACUUUUCACCAUCUUCUUCAAGGAAGGUGUCAACACAGUCGGAUAAUAGCCUAUUCAGCACAUACGCUACAUCGAACUCGUCGCCUUUGACACCUCAAUUGCAUUCUUUCACGCAUAACAAGCUCACACCGAGCUCAGCAAAUAGUAACUCGCAGCUAAGUCUGCAUUCAACAAACACAAGUAUCAACCGAACUUACGAAGACAAGGAGAACAUCGAUCCGGCAUCAAUGGCCACUUGUCAUAAAGUGAACUCGUACAUUGUCCCUCCAAGAGCAAAAUUCGUGGGACAAUCUUCGUCCGUAUUUUCUAGUGGAGGGUCCAUCUCAAACGGCAACAGCAACCGCUCCUCUCUAAUAUCAUUAUCUUUGGGCAACACAGUGGUAUGA